CACAAGCGCGUCCUCCUUCCAUAGGAGAAACGGUGCAUAAGACCUUCUCCACCAGCUGCCAUCCCUUACAACAACACAAACAAUUUAUCUCCUUCAUCGAUUCCUUCUACCUCGGAUACUUACAUUAAUACCUCUCGGUUCUUCCCUGUAACCAUCAUGUCCGGGUUACAGCCUGUCUUACCUUCAAAUCAAGCUCCCUCAACUUUCGAGUAUGGCGGGGAUGAGAUUUCAGCAAUAGUUCUCGAUCCGGGUACUGCCUGGAUUCGUGCAGGUUUCGCCGGCGAAGACACUCCAAAGUCCGUGAUUCCUAGCGAUUACGGGAUACUCGAAGAGGCCGGUGAGAAUGGAGGCAAAAAGUAUUUCAUUGGUGACAACGAUGUUCACUCAAUACGGCCGGGCAUGGAGGUCAAGAAUCCCAUGAGUGAUGGAAUAGUUGCCGACUGGGAAGCUGCGACCACACUCUGGCGUGAAGCAAUCACACCACGUUUGACUGCGGCACUUUCUGAGCAUCCCCUACUGAUGACUGAGCCAUCGUGGAAUCCUCCGAAGAAUAGGGAAAAGACAAUUGAGAUUGCAUUUGAGGAUUAUGAUGUUCCUGCAUUCUAUCUUGCUAAAGCCGGGGUAUGCGCCGGAUUUGCAAGUGGCAAGUCUACAGGAUUGGUGAUCGAUGUUGGAGCUUCGAACAUCUCAGUUACUCCAAUCCACGACGGACUUGUCCUUAGAAAAGGCUGUGUUAGAUCACCUUUGGGCGGAGAGUUUCUUUCCAACCAGAUCAGAGCAUACUUUGAGUCGGCGAAUAUUCCCUUAUCCGCCCACUAUCAGGUUCUCUCCAAGACUGCCGUGGAGGUCGGGAAGCCGGCGGAAGCUACAUACCGCACCUUUGCUCCUGGUGAGGAGCCUACAGAAUCUUACAAACGCUUCCAGGAGGAGCGUGUAUUGACCGAGUUUAAAGAGUGCACAGCACAGGUGUGGGUUGGUCCUGGCCCACUACCGGGGAACAAUAACCCGCCUCUUGAAGCCGCGCAUGCAAUUCUCUCUCCCGGUGGAAGGACCUUUGAAUUUCCUGAUGGCUACAAUUUAGUCUUCAACUCUGAGCGCUUCCGCAUUACAGAAGGCAUUUUCCAUCCUCCCUCUAUGUUGACUGCACCAAAUCCAGAUCCCCACACUACUCCGGGUCUCAACCAGCUCAUAGCGAAUGCUAUGAAGGAUAUUGAUGUCGAGCUCCGGCAAAUGAUUCUUAAUAACAUCGUCAUUACCGGAGCUGGGAGUCUCCUCUAUGGAUUUACAGAUAGAGUUAACGCUGAGAUUGCCGCAGCCUUCCCUGCCCCUAGGGUUAGGGUCAUGGCUGCUGGAAAUAGUGUUGAGAGGAGGUACGCUAGCUGGUUAGGAGGAAGUAUCUUGGCAAGUUUAGGGGCCUUCCACCAAUUGUGGGUUAGUAAGAAGGAGUAUGAGGAGCAUGGUCCUAAUAUUGUUGAGAAGAGGUGCAAGUAGGUGUUUUCGUUCAUGGUUGGAGUGGUAAUUUAUUAGUUGCGGAUGCUGAGAGGGGGAGGGGUUGGUAGGGGUGUGAGCUUGAUUUCCUAGGCGUCGGCUGCGUAGCAAGUAAUUUCUUGGGUUGCUGAUUAG